GCGGGAAUCGAACUCGGCUCGCCGGGGUUCACAGCGCAUCGCCCCCACCGCUGCGCCACUGUUCCCCCCAUCAGCAUAGCGGGCCGCGUUUGCAGCACGGUAGCCACCGGCACUCGGAAGCUAAGCAGGCUCCAGCCUGGAGAGCCGCCAGUACGUGAUCACCGCGCGCUAAACCCCACCACGCACGCGGCACGCACGCGGCACGCGGGCUGCGUGGCACAGCGGCGGCGCGGGGAGGAGGCGCGGGGAGGAGGCGCUCACCUUCAGGGCCCACGACAUCGGACGACGGUCCCAAUCCGGAUUAGCGGAUGUCUUUGGGACUUAGCGUGCGGAUGUCUUGGUGGCUUCUCUAAUCUGCGGAUAAGCGAGAGGUCUCCACGCUUGGCUGUCGCCGAGGUCGGGCAGGAGGUUCGGGCAGGAGGCGCGAGCAGCAGCAGCGGUGGCAGCAGCAGCAGCAGCAGCGGCGGCGAUGGCGAUGGCGACACGGCGAGUGGUGGCGCUGGCGCUCCUCACCUGCGCAGCAGCGAUCUGCCUCGCAGGAGCCACGGACACCUGGGACUCCCAGGACAACCAGGUGGGGCAGCAGCUGGGAGACCAGGUGGGGCAGCAGCUGGGAGACCAGGUGUGCCAGUGCAGCUGCCUCGAGUCCGGAUCGACGCGGGCGGCGCUCGACUGCAUCCCAGAGUGCCCCUACCACAAGGCGCUGGGCUUCGAGUCCGGGGCAGUGAAGGACUCUCAGAUCUCGUGCUCGCACGAGGAUCAGUACACGGGCUGGUACACCUCGUGGACUCCGCAGCGGGCCAGACUCAACGCGCAAGGCUUCGGCUGCGCGUGGCUCUCAAAGUUCCAGGACAUGGGGCAGUGGCUGCAGUUCGACCUGCUCGAGGAGCGAGUCAUCUCGGGCAUCAUCACGCAGGGACGCUGCGACACGGACGAGUGGAUGACCAAGUACAGCGUCGUCCACCGCUCCCAUGAGGCGCUCAACUGGGUCUACUACAAGGACCAGUUCGGCAACAACCGGGUUUUCUACGGGAACUCGGACCGCUCCACGUCGGUGCAGUCGCUGCUGCGGCCUCCGCUGGUGGCGCGCUACAUCCGCCUGCUGCCGCUGGGCUGGCACGUGCGCGUCGCCGUGCGCCUCGAGCUGCUGGAGUGCAUGAGCAAAUGUAAAGCGGUUAAGAAACACGCGGUCUCGGACACCUCGCACUCAGUCGCAACGCUACACAGCCACCAUCACGAUCACGAUGAGCGUCGGCAGCAGCGGCAGCGGGAAGCGGAAGAGCAGAGAAAGCGGGGAAGCGGCACGAGUCGCCCGCAAGCCGAGCCCGGCAGCCAGAACCUCGACCUCCAGACGGCCCAGAUCGCUUGCAACUGCUCCGGCCGUCAACCGGUCUCCCGCGACGGUUCCGACGACGACGGCGAAAUCCGCCGGAGGUUCGCGGAGGAGACGGCGGCGACGGCCCCUUACGAGGACGUCGCAGGCGGCGGCGGCGACGCGGGCGGGUUCGCCGUGGACCCUCCCGGCGACCCUCCCGGCGACAACGCCGCUGGCGGCGGCGAAGAGGAGGGGGACCCGGACGUCGGCGGCAAAGGGUCGGGGAAGAGGCCCGAAGACGGCGACGAGGGGACGCUGGCGGCCCAUGUCCAAGUCGCCGGCGCGGACGUCGGGCCGCGGCAGGAGACGUCGACGGCGGGCGGCGCCGCGUCGACGCCCGGUCGAGGCGUGGACGCCGACGGAGGGGAAGCCUCGACGACGACGGGGGAGGAGGAGGCCGACGAGGAGGAGGGACGUGACGGGGACGCCGCCGCCGCCGCCGCCGCCGCCGACGAGGAGGAGGAUCGUGACGGUUUCCCACCCGACGGAGACGACCAGGAGAUCCAGGUGGACGUGACCCUGAACCAAGACGGCUUCUUCGUUCAGGUCGACACGGACGGCAAGGAGCUCAAGUCCAUGUUGGAAGGCGCUCUCAAGCAGCCGUCUGACAACUAACCCGAGCCGUGUUCACGCCGUUAUGUUGUCAUCAUUUAACGACGACCUUUAUUUCAUUGUAUGCUUUAGUGGUUCCCCUUCUUUCUGGCGUUUUUAAAGUUCCCUCUGCCGGUUGAGAAAGCUUCGUGCGUGCGCGCUCAAUGUUCCCGUCUUCACGGCACAACGAUAAAUGUUUGUUGACGUGCGAUGGCAAUCGCUGCAUUUAAUCUGGCACGGGUAGUAGCCGUGGUAGGUCACGAGGCAUUUUUGACGUUACUCAAACGUGCUUGGCUUGGCACUCUCCUAUAUCUGUGGCCCUGUACCCAGAUGAGGAAAUUCCACAUUCCCAUGGCAAGAGCCAUACUCUCUGUAGGACAACCAUAAAGUGGCGAUACGUGUUCUCUAUCCUCGAGGUGAUGACAUCGAUGGUGAUGAUAAUAGAUGGUUGAUGAUCCAUGAAUUAUAAAGGUGAUGGACAACUAUUGAUUAUAACGAUGAUCAUGGUCGAUGAAAUGGUGAUUGAUGAUCAAGAUGAUUACCGCAUGAUUAUCGAUCAUGUGAUAAAUGAACACAUAAGUUACGUAUAGAACGUGAAUACUUUGCCCAGUUAAUUAGUAUAUGGUCAAACUAUUGAUUCCUGAUUAAAGGUGGAUAAGAGAUGAUGAUGAUGACCAAUGGAUAACUGGAUACAUUUAUGAGUGAUCGGAUUAUGAUGAUGAGAAUCUGAAAACAGUGGUGGUUGUGGUGAUAACACGAUGACCAUCAGAUUAUUGAUUAUAACGAUGAUCAGGUUACGAGAAGUGAAGAUGAUGAUGAUAAUAAAA